AUGGGUUCGUCAUUCGAUAAACCAGGUGCUGGUCCAGCUUUUUGUCCUUUAUGCCGGCGUGAAUCUUCAGAACACAUCACACUGGGGUGCGGCCACAUCUUCUGUAAGAGGUGUUUAGGAGAACUGUGGAGAGGAUUGUGUUCGGGCCCCUGUUACUGCCCUGAAUGUAACUUUGAACUGCUGCAGAUCCCAGAACUCAGGGACACAGACGAGGCGUCCACUUCUGCAGAAUCCCACACAAGAUGGCCUUUUGGGCAGCACCCUUUGGCAAACAAGUUCACCAAAAAGAACCUUGGGAAAAGGAAGAGAAGUUCCGACACCUUCGAGCAAAACAGUGGAGGAUACAGACUAGGCACAGGCUCAUCCAACAAUAACUCAUCUACAGCCAGUGAUGCUUCGGAUGAGACACCAGCAAAAAAGGCCAAGGAAACGUCAUCAGGCACGUCCUCAACCAGAAACACCCAUUGCAUGCCAUCAACUGCUGAUUCACGUCCAGACAAUUUAAAAGAGGAUGGUGAGCCUCACGUCAUCGUAAUUGAUUCCAGCGACGACGCGUGGCACAACACCAGUGCGGUGUUGUGCCACUACUGCAGCAGUCGGGAGAAGAGGGCAGCUGUAAAGACCUGCUUGGUGUGCGGUGCCUCAAUGUGCCCGGAGCACCUGAGGGUACAUCUGGAGUCACCCGUAUUCCAGAGUCACCCGCUGGUGGAUGCCGUGGAUGAUGUGUCACCCUGGAGGUGCCUCGAGCACCAGGAAAUGAACCGAAUCUACUGUUGUGAUUGUGAGGUGUGCGUGUGCACCGUCUGCACGGUGAUCGGCUUGCACAAGGAACAUGCAUGCAUCAGCCUAAAGGAGGCUGAGAAAAAGCUCCGGGCGGAACUAAAGUGCAAAAUGAAAAAGUUACAAACAAAAGAAGGAGCCAUCAGUGACCAAUUAAAAAAAUUAACAGAGAAGAAACGCAGUGUUCAGGAGAAUCUGGAGAGCGUGCGGGCGAAUGUAGUGCAGCAGUACAAGGCCAUGAAGGAGGCGCUGGAGCUGGAGGAGCAGCAGGCUCUGCUCUGCGUGACCCAGGAGCAGAACAAAGUGCAUGGAAGCGUCGAUGCCCAUCUCGGUACACUAAACAAAGCCCUCAAAACCAUUCAGGGCACUUUCGAGCCAUUGCUUAAACUGGCAGAUGCACAGGGGGCAUCACAACUUCAGGACCAGGCCUUCAUUAUGGAAUACAAAAAAAUAACUGAAGGUUUAAAUAGUAUGCCGGACUCUGUGGAGAAGCUGGAAUCAGUCGAGGAAGUCAAUCAAGGCAGAUUGGACUGCCUGCAGGACUGGACUGACGAAAGACUGAGCGAUGUAAUCAUUUCCAUGCCUCACAGAGACCCGUUCAGACUGCUGUAUGGCUGUAGUCCAUCCCUGGAUCCUGAUACGGCUCACCCGAAACUGGCGCUGUCCUCUGAGAACAUGCUGGUAGAGUACACUGACGUGAUCCAGGACUACCCUGAUUUAGAGUCUCGCUUCAGCAUCUUUCCCCAGGUACUGGGCACCACCGCGUUGAGCCAGGGCCGCCACUACUGGGAGGUGGAGGUGACCGUGAACGAGGGCCGCUGGAAGGUUGGCGUCAGUGACCAACACAUAGGAAGGAAGGGGCAGAAGGACAACUGCCGGCUUGGCUUCUACCCCAAUUCCUGGUGCCUGGUGUGCGAAAAGGGUAAGGUGGAGGCGCUGCAUAAUAAGGAAACCUGGCCUGUGUGUGCCACCGGACUGCAGAAGGUCGGGCUGUUUCUGGAUUUUGAGGAGGGUAGUCUGUCCUUCUACAGUGUAGGUGAGGGGGGGAGUCUUUCUUUGAUGUACAGCUUUCAGCACGCGUUCUCUGAGCCGCUCUACCCUGCUCUGGCAGCAUCCAAAGCACAGCUCUCUAUUUGUGAUUUAUUUGUUAGACCAAUUACUGAUUAAAACAUGGUAUUUUUUACAACGUGCACUAUUUUUGUGCUGAUGCAAGCAUAAUUCGGGGUUUUUAUUAUGGCCAUAUUGUUGAUUUAGUUAUGUGCCAUCAGAGGCUUUUUUAAUUCACAUAAAUUACAGUGGGGCAUUUAAAAUGAUUAGAAUAAUAGGAAUUACUCUAAUCCCAGUACAGUACUUGGGCAUUCGUGGACUUGAUGUAAUUUCUUCAAUUUUUACAUAUUUGUCAUACUUAAUUGUUAAAGAUCUUUAAACAAAAUGUACUACAAGACAAAGACAAGUAAACACUAAAUAGUUAAACACCGGUGUGGAGGAAAAAGUAUUUCUCCCUUUAAAUGAACCGCAUUUAAUUCAUAAAUGGAUUUAAUUAGUCUAGAUACACCCACACAUGAUUACUGCAGGUCCUUUAUAAAGCUAAACCAUAUUUAAAUACAUCUUAUCAUUUAAAUAAAACCUUUCCAGCAUCUAGAAGGCCUUACCCACCCUAAAAAAGGACAACUCACUUAAGGAAACAGACUGUGCAUAUACACCGAUGAAGCAUAACAUUAUGAUCACCUUCCUAACUGACUGGUCUGCACCUGUGAUGCACUGUGUAUUCUGACACCUUUCUAUCAGAACCAGCAUUAACAUCUUCAGCAAUUUGAGCUACAGUGUUGGAUCGGACCACACGGGCCAGCCUUCGCUCCCCACGUGCAUCAAUGAGUCUUGGCCGCCCAUGACCCUGUCGCCGGUUUACCACUGUUCCUUCCUUGGACCACUUUUGAUAGAUACUGACCACUGCACAAGAGCUGCAGUUUUGGAGAUGCUCUGACCCCAUCGUCUAGCCAUCACAAUUUGGUCCUUGUCAAACUCGCUCAAAUCCUUACGCUCCAUUUUUCCUGCUUCUAACACAUCAACUUUGAGGAUAAAAUGUUCACUUGCUGCCUAAUAUAUCCCACCCACUAACAGGUGCCGUGAUGAAGAUAAUCAGUGUUAUUCACUUCACCUGUCAGUGGUCAUAAUGUUGUGCCUGGUCGGUGUACACUAUAUGGACAAAAGUUGGGGUACCACUUGUCCUUGUUUCUAAGGUCUUCCAGAUGCUGGAAAGGUUCCUUUUCGGUGAUUUUAUGACAUCCAAUUGUAAACCCAUAUGCAUUAAAAUGGAGUUGGUCUCCCCUUUGCAGCUGUAACAGCUAUCCCUCUUCUGGGGAUAGCUAUCUUACUGAAGAUUUUGGAGUGUGCCUGUGGGGAAUUAGACUAAGGGCCGGGCUCUGUGCAGGCCAGUCAAGUUCUUCCACACUGAACUUACCCAGUCAUGACUUUACAGACUUGUGUGCUUUGUGCUCUGGAACAAAAAAGGGCCUUCUGAUAAGCAAACUGUUCCCACAAAGUUGGAAGCAUACAAUUGUUCCAAAGAUUUCCCUUAACUGGAACUAAGGGGCCUGGGCAACCCCUGAAAAAAAACAACCCCAUAGCAUCAUUCCUCCUCUAUCAAACUUUAAAGUUGGCACAAUGCAAUCAGGCAUGUGAAGUCCACAAACCCAGACUCGUGUGUCAGAAUACCAGGUAGAGAAACAUGAUUCGUCACUCCACAGAAUAUUCCCACUGCUCCAGAGUCCAGUGGAGGUGUGCUUUACACUCAAUCCGAUCCUUGGCAUUAUGCUUGAUUAUGCAAGACUUGCAGCUGCUCGGCCAUGGAAACCCAUUCCAUAAAGCUCCUGGCGCAGUGUUUGUGCUGAUGUUAAUGCCAGAGGAGGUUUGGAACUCUGCAGUUACUAAGUCAGCAGAACAUCGGCGACUUUAGAAUAGAAUGUCUUUAUUUGUCAUAUAUACACAUACAGGUGUACAGUACACUACAACUAAAUUCUUUUUUUCACAUAUCCCAGCUUGUUUUUGGAAGCUGGGUUCCAAGCGUAGGGUCAGCCAUUAUACGGUGCAUCUGGAGUACAGAGGGCUAAGAGCCUUGCUCAAGGGCCCAACAGUGGCUGCAUGGCAGAGCCAGGAUUCUAACUCUUAACUUUUCAAUUGAUAGCCCAAAGCUUUACCCACUAGGCUACCACUGUCCUUUUAUACACUGAUUGUCUCAGCACACUUUAUGUGGUCUGUCACAUAAUAAAGGUGACUUGUUGCAAUAGGGGCAUCCUAUUAUAGUACCACACUUUAUUCAGUGAGCUCUGUAGAACUCUGGGCUGCGUCCAAAAUCGCAUACUUCCAUACUGAACAGUACGUAAAAGCAGUACGCGAGAGCGGGUAGUGUCCCCGAAUACGUAGUAUUCAUUAAACGGUAUGUGAAAAGUACCCGGAUGACCUACUGCAUGGGCAGCUAUUUCUGAGUUUGCAAACACAGCACACUGCGGUCUGAUAAUCUAUCCCAUAAUUUUCGAAGCAGAAGAAGAAAGAUGGCGGAAUACGAAGAGACAAACAUAAAAAAUUUUAUGAUUAAGUACAACCCUAAAUAACGUUAUGAGUAGCUUUGUGGAGAACGACAGAAUAAAAUCUGUGGCGGUGUGACGUCAUGCAUCACGUGACGUUGGUAAGAUGGCGGGAGAUUGCCGCUCAGGUGGCGCAGCGGUAAAGUCCGCUAGCGCAUCAGAGUUGGGUUUCUAGCUACAUCGUAUCGAAACUCAGCUCUGCCUUUCCGACUGGGUUGGGCGGCAGUAUGAACAACGUUUGGCUGUUGUUCAGGGUUAGGGGUAGAGUUGGAGCAUAGGGCCUCAUAACUGUACGACUGCGGCCCCUGCUGGUUGACUGACGGCCCCUGCACAGGGCUGAGGAAUAACAUUGAGGGGGGUGUGACCCUCCGUGCGCAGUGUCUCUCGGUGUAUGAACUCGUCUCGUGCAGGUGAAAAAUGCAGGCUGUACUGAUUGCGUUCCGGAGGGGGCGCAAGUCAGUUGAGUGGCGUCCUCAGUCAGCGGCAAAAGGGUUGAAUCAGUAUAGAGGACACAAUCAGGGUAAUUGGACAUGACUAGAAUAGGGAUAAAAAAAUAGAUAAUAAAAAAAAAAAAAAAAAGGCGGGAGAUUGCGUGCAUACUGAUAGAGCGUACUGCUUUGCCAACCAAGCAGUGUGCUCUGCUGCGAAUUUAGUACGUACUGUUUUUAGUAUGCCAUUCUUUUACAAAUGUUUAUAGCUUGACUACGAUGCACUCACUCUCACUCACUUUCUUAAUCCUUUAUUCAAUCAGGGUCCCGGGGUGUGCUGGAGCCUAUCCCAGGUUUUCAAUGGGCGCAAGGCACACAGUAACACCCUGGGGUGCCAGUCCGUCGCAGGGUGGACACACACACACAUACACACACCCAUUUACCUAUAGGGCAAUUCAGGGUCUCCAAUUAAUCUGACUGCAUGUUUUUGGACUGUGGGAGGAAACCGGAGCUCCCGGAGGAAACUCAUUCAGACACAGGGAGAACAUGCAAACUCCGCACAGAAAGGACCCGGACCGUGCCGAUUACAACGAUGCAAUUACAACUUAACUUUCGGCUUUUACUACAAUUUAUACAAACCCAGUCCAUUUACAUUUGCCCCUCUCUGCACCACAUACUACCUGAUGCUCACAAUGGAUAGUUAUGCUUGCACCAUGAUCACAAAAAUAGGGGCCUACAAAUUUGGCACUAAUAUCUACUGAGGUCAGUUUUGAAUGUUUGUAAUACUUCUUAUCAUUCCGUUUAUAUAAAAACACUUUUAAACAUCAGUCAUUGUUAACUUGUUGUGGGAACUAUUUUUGUACACAUUUCCUUAUAUUCCACUCGCUGUCAAUGAAAUCUGUGCUAAGAUGCUGUAAAUAUGAGAAUAAAUCGAUGAUGUGGACCAGCAAUAUCCAACCAAACAGACAAAUGUGUUUCCAGUGGUCUGUCGAUCAUGUUACUAUUGUAGUUAAGUACAUGUGCAUUUAGGCAGGGCUUUAUAUGGUUAGACUGUACUGUGUAUUGAUUGUGGACGAGUCUGCAUCAGGAAAUUCAUGGAUGAUGGGUAGAGUCAUUCAGACAGUGCAGGAUGAACAUGGGCUUGUCUGUGAGGUCUGUGUCAACACCAAAACCAGUGAACCAAUUGAGAGACCAAUUGCUAAGACAUGUGUUCUACCAGAAGUUAAAUGAGGUGGUAAAGACUGCGUUCCAAUGGUGUGUUAAGUGCUAGAAACCUUUUUUUAUUAUCCAGUGUUUUACAUUUACAUUUACGGCAUUUAGCAGACAGCUUUUAUCCAAAGCGACUUACAUUACAGUUACAGUAUACAGUCUGAGCAACUGAGGGUUAAGGGCCUUGCUCAAGGACCCAACAGCAGCAACCUGGCAGUGGUGGGGCUUGAACCAGUGACCUUCGGAUUACUAGUCCAGCACCUUAACCACUAGGCUAUGGCUUGCCCAGGUAAAGGUGCCAGGGUUUUAGGGUGAUUGUUUCUAAUAAAUGUAAUUAUGGGCCAGGUUUGUAUAAGCCUAAUUCUGGAUUGUAUAUAUUAAAAAGUUGAUUAAUGUAUUAUUUUUUAAUGUUAAGUUACCCAGAUAUAUUAAAGUGAAGUCUAAUAUUGUCACAUUUAGUAGUCGAUCAUUGGUUUAUAUUGUUAGCGUAAGUCUAGAACAUUCCUCUUUAAAAUAGAGUGCAUGUCACUUUAAGAACCUGUCAUGGUUUUGUAUGGUUGUACCUUGAAUACUUUUGGAUAAAACUAUAAAUAAAUACUUGUUUUAUGAUUUUA